AUGACCCCAAGCACUUCUACUGCAAACUGUUCUAACUCAGAGCAGCAUCAGCUGACUCCUCAGAACAGCGGUGGUGUGAGUGCCAAUGCUUCAGGAGCGCAGCCAGGUCGCAAUAUACCGGCGUACCUUGAAUCACUCUCUCCAUCGCAAUAUGCUGCUGCUACCCACCCGCCAACAACAUGUCUUCAGAUCUUGGCAGGACCUGGCUCAGGCAAGACGCGUGUCCUAACAUCCCGAGUCGCAUGGCUCAUCCUCGACCCUGCAAACAAGCUCAGACCCGAAGACAUCCUCGUGGUUACCUUUACCAACAAAGCCGCCAACGAAAUGAAGAUGCGCCUCGUCAAGCUCAUCGGCAAGGAGCGAGUCGAUAACCUCGUCAUCGGCACCUUUCAUUCGGUCUGCGCCAGAUACCUCCGCAAAUACGGCCGACUUAUCUCGCUUUCCAACAACUUUAGCAUAAUCGAUUCGGAAGAUGCAAAGCGCAUGCUCAAGUCCAUCCUUAAAGAGCUCAAGGCGGAGCUCGAAAAAGAAAAUCUCGAACUCAAACCGGAGCAGGCCAUGUCUGAAAUCUCCAAAGCAAAGGCGAAGGAGAUCGACCCUGUGAGAUACAGGCAGCUCGCAGAGCAAGAAGCCGCCAAGUCAGCGUCUCGGAAAGCACCUAUCGGCAAGCAAUUCACAGGGUCUGCAUCGUUCAAGCAAGUCAUGGCCACCAUCUACAUCAUGUAUCAAAAGCAGCUCGUCGACGCCAACGCCUUGGACUUCGACGAUCUACUCGUGUACGGAGUCCAGCUGUUUCGACGUCAGAAUCAGGUGGUCCGCAACAUUCGACAUGUGCUCGUCGAUGAGUUCCAGGACACCAACAUCACACAGUACGAGCUCAUGCGCCUAGUAGCAACUGCAUCGCAAGCUGUCAGCAUCGUUGGUGAUCCAGAUCAGAGCAUCUAUGGCUGGCGCAGUGCCGAGAUUGGCAACCUCGACAAGAUGACGAGAGAGUUCAAGGGUACACAGCAGGCGCGUCUCGAAGAGAACUACCGAAGCACCGGUGCAAUCCUCGAACUGGCGCUCAGAGUGGUUCAGCAGGACACCUCGCGUGUCGACAAGGACCUCUACACGUCACAUCCCCGCGGACUGCCCGUCGUCCUCAAGUCGCACGCGUCGGCGCAGCUCGAGGCCGCAUACAUUGCAUCCGAGAUCAAGCGUCUUGUCGCCCAUUACGGAGGCGUGCUUGAUUACAAUGAUUUCGUGAUUCUGCUGCGCUUCAAUUACCUCUCGCGCGCCAUCGAGGCUGAGUUGCAAUCUAGGGGCAUCGACUCCAAGAUGAUGGGAGGUCACAAGUUCUUUGAUCGAAUGGAAGUCAAAGAUCUGCUCGCCUAUUUGGCACUUGCCGAUAAUCCAGGCUUUACACCAGCAUUCAUUCGCGUGGUCAACGUGCCAAAACGAGGUAUUGGCGACAAGGGCGUCACAGAUCUUCUGACCAUGGCGAAAGCAGAGAGCUGUAGUCCCAUGGAGCUUGUCGAAAGGGUUGUACGAGGCGGUAAGAACCCAGGCAUCAAACCAGCCAUGAAAAGGGGCCUCGAGCAUUUAGUCGAGGCUGUGCUAGCGGUACGACAGGCAGCUAGAAAUGGCACGCCUGUAGCUCAACUGCUCCAGCUGCUCAUCGAGAAGAUCGAUUACGAGUCGUAUCUCCAGGCGCAGCUGGACUACGAAGCACGCUGGGGCAACGUACAAGAACUGAUCUCGUUCUCCAUCAUUGUGGCCCAGAAUACAGCGUAUGCCGAUACGCCAUCCCUUUCCAUCGAUCAGAUUAUUUCUCAUACGCUGUCAAAUCAGCAAGACACCGAUACCGGCAGAGAUGCGCAAGAUGACAGUAAGCUGGCAGAUUCACUUCAAGAGGUCGACAUCAAGCCGAUAAGCCGUGAAAAGUCACCAAUGCCUUCGUCAAUUCAUCCUUACUUUCAAAAACACGGAGCUGGAAAACGAAAACCCAAGCCGUCGACGAAGGGGGACUUGAUCGACCUGUGCGUCUCCAGCGAUGAAGAUAAUGAAGCAGCCAGUACAGAAGAAGAGCCUGCUCCAGUAAAGAGGCAGCGCGUGGCAAAGAAAGAGUCUGCUGUGAACGACAAGGCAAUUCACAAUAAGGAUGAUAUCAGCGCUAAAUCUUUCCUCGUAUCACAGCUCGAUGAGAUUAACGAACAGGUUGACCGAAAUACGCAAGAGAACCCGGCUGACCAUGACAAAGAAAGCGACGACGAGGAGGAGGAGGCAGGACCAAAGACGCCACUCCGCACAUUCCUGGAAGCAUCAAUCCUGGCGACCGACAUGGGCACAGAAUCCGAGGAAAAGGAUGGAAAGAAGAAACCGAAAGUAACCAUUUCGACCUGCCAUGCAGCUAAAGGCCUUGAAUGGCCCGUAGUCUUCAUUCCGGCCAUCGAAGAAGGCUGUUUCCCAUCCUUCCGUUGCGAGAAGCCCGACGAGAUUGCCGAAGAACGACGCUUGCUCUACGUUGCCAUGACGCGAGCUGAGAGUAUGCUUUACCUCACGCAUGCCUCUUACCGAAUGCAAGGAGGCGAGGGCAAGGACAAGGUCCUUAGCACAUUUGUUACUUCGGUCGCCGCAAAGCAGGAUGGAGGUUGCUGUCAUGCGAAAAAGGCGAUUCCAUUUUGCACGACUCGCCCAAAAGUCGAUGCAGAGGCUGUCAGGACCAUGGUCAAAGUGACUGGAAGAGACUUGCCAACAGACGCCAAGAUCAAAGAAGCCAUUGCGCAGUGGGAAAAGACAUCUGCGAAGGAUGUGCAGCAGGUGGAUCAGAUGAACAUUGGUCGCAGCAUGGGUUUUGACACCUAUUCAAGCUACGGUAGUGCUACGGGCGGCUGGAACUCGCAGAUUGGGUCUGGACUGUACAGCAAUCAUGGACUCCUCUCUAGCUCUUCUGGAUGGAGUCGAAAUCCACAGAUCGAUGACAAUACUCGGAAACAGCUAGAGCUCGCUACGCCGACGCUGGGUAGCUUCUCUUCUCCAGUCGAUAUCGAUGCAUCUCCUUCACCGGCCUACUCUGGCUUCCAACGCGCAUCGUCUCUGUGCGGCGCAAGCCGCGGUAACGGGCUCCAAACUUCUUCUAACAACCAUUCGAAUUUCUCUUCGCAUUACGGAUCGUUUGGCUCGGGAACGAGACGCAAGCAACCGCUCAUACCACCUUCACGCCGACCAGCAGCCACGCCGUCCGCUCCACCCUCAUUUACGGACGAUGUACGCCUUCGAGCCCGUCCCGAAGAUUCAGUUGCUUUGGCUCGCGCAGAUGGUACGGCCCCACGUCCACGUGCAGACCUCACUAGCUUCCAACAGGCUCAUUCGCAGGGUAUUAGUAGUAUGCUGAACAUGCUGCCGCCGUCGUCGGAUGGAGGUUCAGGAGGAGGCAGUUCAAACCACUCGCCGAUUUGUAUCGAUGAUGAUGCAAGCGACGGCUCGAAUUGGUCUGGCAAAGCACGUGCAAGCAGAGGGAAGAAGAGGCUAGGUAUAAGGCGUCGUGUGUGA